CAGAGAACAGCCAGAUUUUGCCCCACUGCACUUACUCAAAUACUUUCUGUCCGCAUGUGAGGGCUUACUUCUCCAUGUCAUGGGCCUGCUUUCUCAGGCAUCGGGUCAAUCAUCGGGUCAAUCAAUUCGUCGUUAGGUGUCCCAUCGAGCAACACUUCCCAUAUUCCUCUUCUUCUCCCCGCCACUCAACCUCUUCCACCUCUCCUCCUCCUCGUGGUCCUCUUCCUCCUCCACGACCUAACCGGCCUCGAUCGCCUCGAAAACCCGGAAAAACAUCCCGACCCUCCUCUUUUCCGUCUUCCUUCUACAAGACUCUCCCCCCAGGAUCAUACGUUAUCGUCCCCGCGCCCUCAGCCCCGCCCUCAGCCUCGCCCUCAGCCUCGCCAACCCCGAAACCAAACCCAACCACAUCUCCGACCGCUCCCGCUCCCACUCCCACCCCCCCCGAAGGCCGAACCACCAUGUCGAGCUUCGUACAAAUCAUCACGGCCCCGACCGCCGACACCCAAGGCGCCGGCCUGCUCCUCCACUUCGACCACCGCCGCUACUUCUUCGGCAACCUCGCCCAGGGCACGCAGCGCGCCUUCACCCAGCGCGGCGUCUCCAUGACCAAGCUCGAGAAGCUCUUCCUCUCCGGGCCGGUCACCUGGCAGAACGUCGGCGGCCUGAUGGGCAUGAUGCUCACCGUCGCCGACGCCCUCGCCAGCACCAACAGCCAGACCGAGGCCCAGAACAAGAUCCGCCGGGAGACCGGCAAGGCGCAGCUCAGCCUGGUCGAGCGGGAGCUGGAGGUCUUUGGGGCGAAGAACCUCGCCUACACCGUCGCCACCGCGCGCCACUUCAUCUUCCGCACCGGCAUGCCCAUCCGGGCGGUGGACUUCGACGUCGACCCCAGGAUCGCGAGCCCGGAGGUCGACCCGGAGAAGCCGGACUGGGAGGACGACUCGGUCCGGGUGUGGUACGUCCCCGUGGCUGUCGCGGCUGCCGCUGUGGCCGGGAACGGUAUGCCUCUGUCGUCUCGGAAAAAGAGGAGUUUUGACAUGAUGACUGAGUCUGAGAACGGCGGGGUAGGUACAGGUGCAGGUGCUGCAUCAACGGCUGAUGGCCCCGCCCCCACCGAGGAUCGGCAACCGGCAGCAGACAACGCUGCGGCCGACGACGACGCCGCGUAUGUCCGCCAGGUCAUCGACUCCAUGUUCAACUCCGACUGGAGGCCGGAUUCCUUCGUCGAGAGCAAACUUCACGACGUCGAACUGCCCGCCACCGUUUUCGUCCGCAACGAAGGCGGUGGGAUCCAGCGGUAUAAAGGCCCCCUCCCGGAUAAGGACCCCGAUGCGCCCAACAUCGACGUCUUGGUCCGGCAACCCUGGCCAGGCGUUCGCUUCGGGACGCUACCCCCCACGUCGCGGUCGUCGACGUCGCUCUGCUACGUCGUCAAGAACAAAGGCCGCAGGGGCAAGUUCAACCCCAAGGUGGCCAAAGAGCUGGGCGUCGCCGUGCAAGACUUCAAGCUCCUGACGGCGGGCCAGGCCGUCAAGGGGAAGGACGGCAUCGACGUGACCCCCGACAUGGUCCUCGAGGCCCCCAUCAAGGGCUCGGGCUUUGCCCUGUUCGAGAUUCCGUCCCGGGAUUACGUCCAGCAUUUCGUAGACCGACCCGAGUGGAGGUCCGAGGGACUCAUGGAUCAGGUCCACGUCCUGUACUGGGUUCUCGGAGAAUCCGUCUUUGACGACCCCGCCAUUCAGUCUUUCAUCCGGGAGAGGCCCGGCGUCAGGCACGUGGUUAUGGCGCCCGACGUAUCCCCCAACAUGCUCGCCUUCGAGAGCUACGCCGCCCUGCUGACGACGCUGCGCCGCAUCGACCCGGACCGGUUCCCGAUCCCCAAGUUCAACAACAAGUUCCGCGACGUCGCCUCGACGACGACGGCGGCGGCGGGGUCUCCUCCGGUCGAGGUAGGCCGCACCGGCAUGAGGGCCAAGUACCUGCCCACCUUCCAGGUGGUGGAUUCCGAGGUGGUGCCGUUCCCGCGCCUCGAGGAAGCACUGAACCUGGACGACGAAAUCGUGUCGCUGGCGCGGGAGGCCAAGCGAAAAGUAGCCGACCCGGCGUUUUCGGCCGAGGUGGAGCGGGCCGAGCAGGACAUGCCGAACCGCGACGCCGAGGUGAUCCCCCUGGGCACGGGGUCGGCGCUGCCGUCCAAAUACCGCAACGUGUCCGCCACGCUGCUCCGCGUGCCGGGCGUCGGCAACUACCUGCUCGACGCGGGCGAGAACACGCUCGGCCAGCUCCGCCGCAUGUUCGGCGACGAGGAGUGCCGCCGCGUGGUCGCCGACCUGCGGCUCAUCCUCGUCAGCCACAUGCACGCCGACCACCACCUCGGCAUCGCGAGCGUCAUCGGCGAGUGGCACCGCCUGACCUCGUCGUCCUCGUCGUCUCAGGGCCAGGGCACGACGGCGGACCGGACGUUGGGCGUCUGCAGCCCGGCGCAGAUGCAGCAGUGGCUCCGGGAAUACAGCCAGGUCGAGGACAUCGGGUUGCCUCGGCUCCGGUUCUCGACCAACGGCCGGCCGGCGACGGCCGAGGCCCUCGCGGCGGGGGGGUUGAAGCGCGUCGAUACGGUGUUCGUGGAGCACUGCCAGGGCGCGACGGCGGCGGUGCUGACGUGGCCGUCGGGGCUGAAGGUGGCGUACUCGGGCGACUGCCGGCCCAGCGAUAAGUUCGCGGCGGUGGGGCGGGGCGCGACGCUGCUGGUGCACGAGUGCACGUUCGACGACGACAAGGUGGAGGACGCGAAGGACAAGAAGCAUUCGACCAUGGGGGAGGCGCUGGGGAUCGCGGAGAAGAUGGGGGCGCGGCGCGUGCUGUUGACGCAUUUUUCGCAGCGGUAUGCCAAGUUCCCGCUGCUGGACCCGAGGGAGGUGGUCACGGAGGAGGAUACGGUGGACGGGGAGGGCGAGGCGGCGGCUACGGCUACGGCUGCGGCUACGGCUAAGAAGGUGAAGGUGAAGGAUCAGGUCGUGUUGCUGGCGUUCGACCAGAUGCGUGUCAAGCUUGGGGAGUUCCGACAUGCGGCCGCUUUCUUGCCGGCUCUGAGACUAUUCUUUGAUAAACAGGGCGAAUAAGGUGGAUGAAUCGGGGGCUGUAUAUAGGGAAUGGGUUAGAUCUUGAGACAGAGAGCUGCCCUACAGUACAUAGACCCGGCUUGUGGCUAUGGGUCAAAUAAUCAAUGCAGGCGACGACUCUUGUGCAUUCC